GAUAGGCAACAUACCGCCUCCACAAGUUAAACAGUACAGGAGGAGGGCGAACUGGUGAGUGGACGGAUUGUGUAGUCGGCAACAGCUCGGAGAGAGAAGAAAGAUUUUCCAACCAACACGGCGUUUGUGUGAAGAGACGAAGAGGCAGUGUAAAAAAACAAAAUCUAAGAUGGCGGAUUAUGGCUUGUCGGGGCGGUUGAGAUCGGAGGGUUUGGAGGUUAUGGAGUCCGUACCGGGGGAUGGAAACUGCCUCUUCCACGCCGUGGCCCGCCACUUGGAUGGCAAACCCUCCGCUACGGAAGUCCGACGCAAAGUGGUGUCCUGGCUGCGUUCGAACCCAUACGUUGACGGAGAACACAUCAAGAACUGGCUGCCCGGCGCUACCGAGUCUGCUUGGGAGAGCUACUUGCGCACCAUGACCAUGGACGGGACGUGGGGGGACGAGAUCGUCCUACAGGCCGUGGCCAACACGUUCGGCAGGGAAGUCUGCGUGAUAUCCAACCGGCACGGCAACAGGAGAAUUUCCUACCGACCAAAGGGGUUCACGUUUGGCGGCGGCGAUACAGUCUUUUUAGGCUUCUCUUACUCCCACUACACCCCGCUGUGUAGGGCUGGGUCGGGGAGGGAUAGUGUUAGGAAUAGGCGGUCAACUAGCAGCGACACCGUGAUGUCAUCUAACAGGUAUUCGUCGUACUCCCAGGGUUCCUUUCGGCGGGGUCAAACCGAGGCAGACUCCUCCACGUCAUCUUACACGUCAUCGCGCACGCGCGGUACGACAUCUGAGUCGGCCAGAGAUCAGCCAUGGUCGCGCUCAAGUUCGCUCAGAUCCACAAGUUCGAGUUCAAGCAGUGCAAGUUCAACGUCCUCAAGUCGCCAAGAGAACACUAGAGCUUCUCGUUCGGCUAUUGGCCGGUCUGUGUCUUAUGACACUGGUUACUCUCGGGAUUAUGGGAGAACGUUGACCUCAAGUUCAUCAGGUUACAGUUCUACGUAUACACCCGAGUCCGCUCGGUUGUCAACCUCUUACACACGGUCUCUGAGUUUAACAGCAGAUAUAGGAGGCCCGCUAUUGGGGUAUUCUAGAUCAACCUCCCUGAGAAAUUCUAGUUUAAACUCUAAUUAUAGAUCGUCUAGCUCGAGCGGGCUCUCAAAUUACUCUUCUGUAUACAGACCAAGGUACGUACCAUCGUCGACUUCAACCUACUCGUACAAGACAACUGCUCUGUAAAGCACGGAGAAAAAUCUCUGGCUUCGGAAAUUAUAAGAAAAGUACCAAGCCCUUUUAAUAGAGAUGUAACACCAACAAUAUAGCCCCCUCCCCCCUCUGUCAGAAAACGUUACCAAGUCCUCAAUGCUGCAUUACAGAAGUUUACCCUUGUGAGAAGGUGUGUAGUAAAGGGAUGGAAUUGACAUGAAUUACUUCACUAUCGUUACGUAAAAGAGAGACUGAAUCUCGACCUCGAAAACGAUUGUUAAAGAUCAUACUGAUCAAGUGUGUGUUUACUUUACUUUAUGUCAAGAGACUUCAUUAAUAAAGAAUACAUCGGUGCCAUAUUCUGU